AUGGAGACAGACAUAAGAAAGACGUCCUCAAAGGCAUCAGCACCCAAAGAGAAGCGGCCCGCGGACAAGGAAAAGCUCAAGGACAAGUCAAAGAGCAAGGGCAAGGACGAAUCCAAGGUGCACAAGCUGUCGCUCAAGGGCAGCUCAAGGCUAGUAGCUGAAUUCCAACGAGGCGUCUACCCAGCCGAAGACUUCACAGCGUACGAUACCAUUCUCCCUCUCCUCAGAGCUCAAUUAAUGAACAUCAUCAGCUAA